UCUCCUUCUUCUCCCAUCAACCUAUUCUUCCACCCUCACCUCCACAGACACCACCACCACCACCAGCCGCCGCACUCCCCUGCCUCCUCUGCUCCCCCUCCUUCCGCCGCACCAUAACUUCCUCCACGGCUCCGCCUCCAACCGUCGCGACCUGCAUGCAACAGCCUCCACCACCCGCCGCGCCGCCUGCCGCCUCCAACCGCCGCCGCGCGAACGCCGUCUCCCUCCGCCUCUGUCCGCCGGCUUCGCGAGAGAAGCUAGAGAGGAACGACGCCCCUCCGGUUACCGGCGGCGCGUAUGAUUUUGAGAGGGCAACGAGCUCUCUGGCCGGGAAGUUGAUGUCUUCGCCAAAGAAGGUUACGAUUGUGGAAACAGGAAAAGAAAGGAGAAAGAAGGUUGGAGGAGAGAGAAGGAGCAGAUAA